UUUUGUUCUAUUUUUUUGUUUUCAUUUUUUGAAUCCGCGCUUCCACGCUGCCGGGACAAAACAAAAAUUAAAAGAACAGCACAUCAAAUUUAUUGAUAGUGAUUGGAGAUCAACAACCAAGACAAACAGCAUGUCUAUGAAUAAGUUCAUGCAUCCGCGGAAUAUCUAUCGGCAAAAACCGGACUUCCAAAUCCUCGUUAAACAAUAUCCGGAGUUGUCCUCAGUAGCGACCGUCGAAUUGAAUGGCAAACUUAAACUUGAUUAUAAAGAUAAGAAAGCCUUACAAUUACUCACAAGUUGUUUGUUGAAGCGGGAUUUCGGUUUGCAAGUGGACCUUCCUCCAGAUAAACUAAUUCCAGUAUUGCCCCUUCGGCUGAACUACAUCCUUUGGCUGGAGGAUAUGGAAAACGCAUUGGGAUGGAAAAGCCAAACGAUUGUUAAGGGAUUGGAUAUUGGCUGUGGUGCUUCAUGCAUCUAUCCACUGUUGGGUGUUGUCCAUUCCAAGCACCGUUGGAGAAUGGUCGGACUGGAACUGAUGGAAGACAGCGUACAAUGGGCUGGUAGGAACGUGGAAAAAAAUGGCCUAAAGGACAACAUCGAAGUGGUUCAGCAGAAAUCGAAUGAUGGAAGUAUCCUAAAACACUUUAUGAGUGGAAGGGAGAGUUUUGAUUUCUGCAUGUGUAAUCCUCCGUUUUUCAACGAUGAUGCAGUAUCACAUGAAAAUCGCACAUCUAGAAGAAAGGAACCAUCCAAUGCGGCUACUGGCAGCGAUAAAGAAUUGCGAACAGAAGGAGGUGAGCUUUGCUUCUUAGAACAAAUAAUCGACGAAAGUUUGGAAUUGAAAGAGCGAAUCACGGUUUACACAUCGAUGAUUGGACAUAAGAAAAAUUUUGAAGAGAUUAUCCGGGUUAUGAAAAGACGGUCUAUAAGCAACGUAACUACAACUCGGUUCUGCCAGGGGAAUACCACGCGGUGGGCUGUGGCUUGGAGUUUUUCCAGCGCUGCAAUAUUGUCGAAUGUACCUGAUCGUUUCGAACAAGAAACUGCAAGUCGUAAAGUUAUUGGUAAACCUCUUGAAGGACGAUUUUUGGCACUGGAUGAUGUUGAAACCGUUAUCGAAGCUGAAACUAAAUUAUUAGCUGUACUGGAAUCACUCGAGGUUCAGAUGAAUCCACUGGAAGGGAACACGGAUCGUAUGUGGGAGCUAGUGGCACAGGAAAAUACCUGGUCACAUCAACGUCGGAGGCGAAGGGAAGCACAGAGGAAGCUAAGCCCUGGAAGUGAAAACAGGAACAAUGUAGUGCGAGAGCUGGAAGGGACUCCCAGUAAGAGAUUAAAAGCUGAACAACAGCAAUGCGAGCCGGUACUGAAAGCUGUGCUGUGCUUAAAAACUAAAGAAGACGGGUACUACUUAGGCUUAAGCUAUUUGAGUGGCAUUGCUGGAAAAGAUGCACUCAAUCAAAUUUUACAGUUUGUAAAAAAUAACAUUCGAUCUUUGCGUUGAUUUCAA